GCAGUAGAGAAAGUACCAGUGGGCACAGAGUUGGACCCCCGGGGGCACAGGCCAGUGACGGGGGGUCGGGACGGGUACAUUGCCCCCCGCCCGUGUGUCCCCCCCAGUGUCGGGGCAGGGUAGGUACCGGGGGCGCCCAACCGCUGCCCCCGCUGUCCCAAGGGGGAGCAGGAGAAGGUGGAGCAGCCGGAGGCUGGAGGCUGCACACACGCCUCAGAACAGAUGGGGGUCCUGUGCCCUACGGGCUGCGAGCUGAAGACAGCCCUGCUGAAGCAGGAGAGCAACGUGAGGGGGGAGGUGGGGAAGCUGAGGAGGGAUGUGGACGAGCUCGCCCGCUCCUCCAACACCGUGCACACCUACGUACAGGACAUGUCAAAAAACCUGAGGGAGCGCCAGCAGGUCAGCAACGAGAACGGGAACACAGUGAGUGAGUACACUGGGGAGCUGGAGGAGCAGCAUGCGUACGUGAAGCAGGUGGUGGACACCGGCUUCCCCUCAAACAUCCGCAUCCUGCAGAGCGUUCUGGAGAAGGUGCGUCUGAAGAUCCAGAAGGUGGAGAAGGCUAUCCUGGCCCAGAAGGAUGAGUGCAAGGAACCAUGUUCCGUUUCCUGCCCCAUCCCUGUGGUCUCUGGUAAGGAGUGUGAGGACAUAUUCCGUCGUGGAGGCAGGGACUCCCAGAUGUAUCUCAUCAGACCUGACUCCUUCCUCCCUGCGUACAAGAUCUACUGUGACCAGACCACCCAGAACGGAGGAUGGACGCUCAUCCAGAACAGGCAGGAUGGCAGCGUGGACUUCGGUCGUCGGUGGGACGAUUAUCGCCGUGGUUUCGGGAAUGUGGCCUUCAGUGUUGGGAAGAGUCACUGCCAAACUCCAGGGGAGUACUGGCUGGGGAACGAUCGCAUCAGCCAGCUGACUAAGAUGGGCCCCACGGAGGUGCUGCUGGAGAUGCAGGACUGGUCUGGGGGGAAGGUGCACGCCCAGUACAGGCAGUUCACCGUGCAGACCGAGGCCUCCAACUACCUGCUGGCUGUGGGCGGCUACUCAGGCACGGCGGGGAACACCUUCCUGGAGGGAGCCAACGAGCUGUUUGGGGAGAACCGCACCAUGACCAUCCACAACAGUAUGAUGUUCUCCACCUACGACAGAGACAACGACAACUGGAUCCCUGGUGACCCCACCAAACAGUGUUCCAGGGAGGACGGAGGUGGUUGGUGGUACAACCGCUGCCACUCAGCCAAUCACGGGCGGUACUACUGGGGCGGGGCUUACACGCGCAACAUGGCCAAGCAUGGGACGGACGACGGCAUGGUCUGGAUGAACUGGAAGGGCUCCUGGUACUCCCUCAAGGCCAUAAGCAUGAAGAUCAGACCCUUCUUUGAGGAGUGACACACACACACACACUAGCAUGAGAAAACACACAGAAGCAUAUGCAUACACACACUACCAUGAACAAACACUCGUGCACACACACACUCACCAAAGUGUAUUAAUACACACACAUACAAAGAAAAGAAGCCUUCAAGAGAUAUUUCAGUUGAAGACAAAUAAAAGUUGAAACACACAGGUGUAUGGAUGCAAACCUGGGGGAGGUGACACAUGAACGAGUUGAAACUGAAGUCAAAUGUGGCAUGGUGAAGGUUUUGGACGAGUGUUUGAAGUGUUUCUGUGUGUGUGUGACGCUAACUGUGUGAUGGUCCUUGUCCUCAUAAACGCAAUAAAAAACUGAUUGAGGAACCUGA